GAAGAGGGAAGGUUUGGAGGGAGGAGGCGAUGGGGGCAGGUGCUGAUUUCAGCCCUGUAGCGUCAGGAUUGCGUCAAUUCGGGUUUCAAGCCACGUCUGGAGUCUCGGAGACGAGCUUCUCAGAUGAGCCAAAACACGAACAGGGGUGACAAAUCACUGCGCGAGGGCGAGUGGACCUCAUCUUUGCCUCCUCCCUGUUCCAGGCGCAGGUCCCUAGGGCUCUGCGCUGUUGUUUUCAGCACUCCGGAAAGCCGGCGUCUUCGGAUCUAGGAAAGUGAAUCAGGCUCGGGAGUUUUCCGUUCAGCACCUCGGACAGAGCACGCAGCAAAAAUAUGGCUCCGAUCGCUACCAGCCGGGAAGAAUUUGAUGAAAUCCCCACUGUGGUGGGGAUCUUCAGUGCAUUUGGACUGGUCUUCACAGUCUCUCUGUUUGCAUGGAUCUGCUGUCAGAGAAAAUCUUCCAAGUCUAACAAGACUCCUCCAUACAAGUUUGUGCAUGUGCUUAAGGGAGUUGAUAUUUACCCUGAAAACCUAAAUAGCAAAAAGAAGUUUGGAGCAGAUGAAAAAAAUGACAUAAAGAAUAAACCAGCUAUGCCAAAGAAUUCAUUGCAUCUUGACCUUGAGAAGAGAGAUCUCAAUGGCAAUUUUCCCAAAACAAAUCCCAAAGCUGGCAGCUCUUCUGAUCUAGAGAAUGUGACCCCGAAGCUCUUUCCAGAAGGAGAGAAAGAGGCAGUGUCUGCUGAUAGCCUAAAGUCUAGCACUUCACUGUCUUCCGAAGAGAAACAAGAGAAGCUGGGAACCCUCUUUUUCUCCUUAGAGUACAACUUUGAGAAGAAAGCAUUUGUGGUAAAUAUCAAGGAAGCCCGUGGCUUGCCAGCCAUGGAUGAGCAGUCAAUGACCUCUGAUCCAUACAUCAAAAUGACGAUUCUCCCAGAGAAGAAGCAUAAAGUGAAAACCAGAGUUCUGAGAAAGACCUUGGAUCCAGCUUUUGAUGAGACCUUUACAUUCUAUGGGAUUCCCUACACCCAGAUUCAAGAGUUGGCCCUGCACUUCACAAUCUUGAGUUUUGACAGGUUUUCAAGAGAUGAUAUCAUUGGGGAAGUCCUUAUUCCUCUCUCAGGAAUUGAAUUAUCUGGUGGAAAAAUGUUAAUGAACAGAGAGAUCAUCAAGAGAAAUGUUAGGAAGUCUUCAGGACGGGGUGAGCUGUUGAUCUCUCUCUGCUACCAGUCCACCACAAACACUCUCACUGUGGUUGUUUUAAAAGCUCGACACCUGCCGAAAUCUGAUGUGUCUGGACUUUCAGAUCCCUAUGUAAAGGUCAACCUGUACCAUGCCAAAAAGAGGAUCUCCAAAAAGAAGACUCAUGUCAAGAAAUGCACUCCCAAUGCAGUGUUCAAUGAACUGUUUGUAUUUGAUAUUCCUUGUGAGGGUCUUGAAGAGAUAAGUGUGGAAUUUCUGGUUUUGGAUUCUGAGAGGGGAUCCCGGAAUGAGGUGAUUGGGCGGUUGGUCCUGGGAGCGGCAGCAGAAGGAAGUGGUGGUGAGCACUGGAAGGAGAUCUGUGACUUUCCCAGGAGACAAAUUGCCAAGUGGCAUAUGCUCUGUGAUGGUUAGCCUCCUACCCAUGAGCUGGAACUACGUGAUUUUUACCAGGCAAGGAGCAAUUCUCUUUCUUUGUGAUAUGUAAUUGCAAGCUUGUGACAGCAAGCUACCUUUUUUUGUUAGGAAUGGAUUGAAUUAGUAGACCAGGAAGUAACUGUAAAUGUGUAUCAUGAUAAUUCCCCUGUUUUUUAGAGAAACUGGAAAAUUUUCAUAAGAUAUUCAGUUUCCCCUGAAGGCUACCAGUGAUAUAAAUAAGAGUAGUCAGGAGUAUUAUGAAUAGGAAACCGUGAUCCCAAGUUAAGGGUAGGGGUUAGAAGGUGUUGACCUCAUUGAAGCAUAUCACUGGAAGAUAGUGUGAUUGUUCUGAUUUAGAAAUAAAAAGUUUGUCUUUUCUUAUGAAAAUGCAUCCAUUUUUCUUCAGCUUGGGGAAAUCGAUUUUUCUUUAGACCCAAAGAUAAUGAAGAAAUGUGCUCUAGCUUGUUUUUUAUUGAUUAUGUCACAUGCAAAUGGUCGUCGUGCAUAUAAAAGUAUGUGAUCAUUUCUCUUGGGUUUGUGAUUAUUUGAUACAAUUUUAUCAUAAAGGACUAACUUAGGUUUGUUUUAAAAGGACAGUGAAUAAGCUGAGAAAUCAUUAUAGCAAAAGGCUGAGUUGAGAACACUGUGGCUGAAAUCGGAUUUUUCUCUCCGCACCCCCAAGGUUAUGUGUGAGUUAAAAUGUUGUAAAGUAUAACCUCCCAUAAGAACCGUAAUCUUGAAUUAUUCGCCACCUCUCACAAGCCUCAGUGUGACGUCAGAAACCCCCGUUUGCUUUUGUGAAGCUGUCCACUUAGCUCAUGCAUAAAGGAAAAAACUUCAGCUAGAAGACCAGUUUUCUUGUAGGAACUAUGUACAGUGUGCCAGUGUCCUUUCAAACCCAUCUUG